GGAAUACAAUAUUUGCAUGAAAAGAAAAUUGCACAUUUGGACUUGAAACCCUCACAUAUUGCUUUCCUAGAAGGGAAACUUCGAUUUCUAGAUUUUGAUUCAGCAAUCUUUUUUAAUGAUGAUCAAGGAAGUUACCACAUUCAAACAGAGGGCGAUGAAAUUGGAACUCCAGGCUAUAAUGCACCGGAAACACAAAAAAAAGGCACCUUUAACCCAUUUGCGGCAGAUAUUUGGUCAUUGGGACAAGUGUUUAGAUAUUUUCAUUCCCAGUGCCAUGGCUAUGGAGUGAUCCUCAACGGUCAACGCAUUGCAGAGAAAAGCAGAGCAUUUGUCCUGACAUUUGUUAGAUGUAUAGAAGAUAAGCAACAACAGGAUUUGUUUUUCAAGUUACUACAUAACGAAGACUCUUGCUUUAAUUCGACUGCUUCAUCUAUAAAUUAUGCCCGAUAUCUGGAGGAGUUAAUGGAUGACUACUUGAUAGCUGUGGUAUCAGAAGCACUUGGUACUGAUACUUGUACCGAUGAGGCACACUCAUUGACGGAAGCUCUUUUGCGUCAUUGUUCGCUUACGGCCGUGAGAAUCAAGAAACUUACUAUAACGCGAUCUUAUGAAUUGAAUCGUAUCACUUGUUUAGAGCCAACUCUUCGCCAAUAA